AUGCCUCGCAGUGCUGACCAUCGACGCUCAACAGCUCCCACAUCCAACACCAAACCCGCCCCUCCUCAACCCGCUUCCAAUUCCUCCUUUCCUCCGCCAAAGACGGACAAGCCCCGUCCACACGUCUGCGGCACUUGUGGUAGAUCGUUCGCUAGGUUGGAACACCUCAAGCGCCAUGAACGCUCCCACACGAAAGAGAAGCCAUUCGAGUGCCCCCAAUGCACUAGGUGCUUUGCUAGGCGAGAUUUGCUGCUGCGACACCAGCAAAAGCUCCACCAAGCCGGAGCUGCAUCUACUCGACCCCGAAACGGGCGCAGAGAAAGCACAACCGGAGUCCCCUCCGCGAAUGGCGCCGGUAGAGUCCGUAAGAACUCCGUGGCUUCCACUGCCAACGGUAACGGUGCAAGCACUGGGCCAGCUACAGCGAGGCCUAGGGCAAACACCAUCAGCCACAUUGACGGUGCUGCUUUGAACACCCUGCUCUCGAACCACGCUGCUUCAGCGAGGACUCCAAGCAUGAGCAUGGGCCACUCUCACCACCCUAGUCUGGCAGGCUUCGGCAACGCUCACAGCUUCGAUUUCCGUAGCUUGCAGAGCCCAGUGGAGCCGAACGUCGGGAGCCACGGCCUGCCAAAAAUUGACACCCACUUGGGUAUGGGCAUCGGAGGUGGCCUUCGUACGGCUCCGAUCCCAGGCUUUGGUGACAUGAUGGAUCUUGAUAAGCUCUUCUCCUCAGGCUCUACGAUCAACCCGAACCAGCUCCACUUUAGCGGAUCUCUGGGUACCCCAGCUUCUCCGUUCUCCACUUUCCCCCCCUUCCCUGGCAAUACUAGCUUCGAGGACGAGGACAGCUACGAUUGGAUGGGCGGGCUUGACAGCUCCCUCAACCUGAACGCAGGGGGCCACGAACGAGCUCCAGAAGAGUCGUCGCCCUCGGCUAUCAGUACUGCUAGUCAAAGCGGUUUCAGCGAAGUCAUGCUCGACGGCUCAAACCAGCAGACGCAAUCGACUGGUCCCAUGUGGCAAAAUCCGCUCAACGCGUCAUCGAUGGGCGACCUCCACUCGAUACCGAUGGAGGCCAUGCACGCUGUGUUCCCCGAACUCAUGAACCCGAUGAACACGGUCUCACCGAAAGAGCUGCAAGAACCCAGCAACGCACCUGACUUUUACUUUUCGUCACCGCCGCCAUUCAACGCGAUGAGCCCUUCAACGGCGAUCCCUGGAAUGCCUAGCCAGUACUUCCACGCGCCCAUGCCAAACUUCAGUCCUGAUAGCACAAGUAUAGCUUCCUCUUCAGUCAACGGCAGUGCUCGGCAAAGCUCGGUGACCUCCGUCUCGACUGACUCUAUAACUGAUGCUACUCGCCAGUCUCUCCUCAUGAGCUUGUCGCAGGCGAUGAACUACAGUCCGAUUCAGCGUAAAUACUCGCAGCCGGCUAUUGGCUCGCCGCUGUCGCCAGGACUUCCCGCCACGCAGUCGACACAGCUCCCUUCGCUCCCGGGCACCAAUGAUUUGCAGCGUUUCGUCAACGCCUACAUCAGCUACUUCCACCCUCACCUGCCAUUCCUGCACAUUCCGACCUUGUCCUUCGAUUCGCCGCUGUACGCUGGCAGCGCGCGUGCUGCGACCUUUGGUCACGGAGGCACGAUUGGCGGGGGUGAAUGCCUGAUUCUGGCUAUGGCUGCGAUCGGUGCGCUCUACGAGUAUGAGCAUGCGGCUGGCAAAGAGCUCUUCGAGGCUGCCAAGAAGAUGAUUCUGUUCUACCUUGAAGAGCGUCGCCGGGCGGAUUUGGCAGCUGCUGUUAAUGGCAUCAACCCUGCUCAUGAGACAUCGGGUCACACCACCCCGCUUUGGCUGGUGCAGUCGAUGCUUCUCAACCUGAUCUACGGCCAUCAAUGUGGCGAUAAGCAGGCCAACGAUGUCGCAUACACUCACUGUGCGGCAUUGGUCAGCCUCGCAAAGGCCGCUCACCUCGACCAACCUCUUGAUGAGUCUGCAGAUGAGCGAAGCAAUCUCGACAGAGACAUUCAUAUGGGAGAAGAUGGCAUGUCGUGGAGCCCGAGGGACAUUUCUGCAUCUUACGACGAGCACUCUCAGUGGAUGCGCUGGAAAGCGCAAGAAGAGCGCAAGCGCACCCUCUACGCAGUAUUUGUCCUGUCAAGCCUCACUGUCACUGCCUACAACCAUGCUCCCAGAAUCCUGAACUCGGAGCUACACAUUGAUUUGCCCUGCGAAGAGGAUUUAUGGGCUGCUGACAGCGCCCAUACCUGGGUUGCUAUGGGCGGUCCACAAGUCGCAGCCUCGAAGCAAAUUCCCUUCGCUGAUGCUCUGUCGUUUUUGCUCACGGCUAGCGACCGCUACAGGAACAGCCCGCACGGUGACCCCGAAGAGAGUGUGCUGAAACCGAGCACUUUCGGGUGCUAUGUUCUGAUCAACGCUCUGCAUGUUUACAUCUGGGAGACGCGUCAGAGACACAACGGCCGACAAUGGACGGGAGCGGAGACCGAGCAGAUGCAUAACCAAAUCGAGCCUGCUUUGAAAGCUUGGCAAGCUGCUUGGAGAGCGAACCCACACCACAGCUUGGAACGCCCAAACCCGUACGGCCCUCUCGGAGCAGACAGCAUACCACUCCUGGACCUUGCUUACGUCCGCUUGUUCGUCAGCCUCGCACGGUCGAAGGAGGGCUUCUGGCAGCGUGAUUUCGAUGCGAUGGCCGAGGAACUGGCCAGAGGUGACGAGAUCCUCCAACAUGCCGAAUCGGACUCCGACUCCCCUGGAGACAUGUCCAGCUCAACCGGUAGCAUGUCAGUGCCAAAAUCAGAGUUUGACACUCCAGAAGCCAUCAGCCCUGGCAUGUCCAACCCCAGCCUCCAAAGCACCAAGUCCUCUAAACGUGAGCGUCUCCUGCGCAAGGCUGCCUUCUACGCUGCAGACUCUCUGUCUAUGUCCGACAAACUUGGAGCCACGUUUGUCGAUUUCACAUCAAGGGAACUGCCUAUUCAAUCCGCAAUGUGCACGUUUGACUGCGCGCAAGUUCUCGCAGAGUGGGUGGCAACUGUGCAAGAGCGCGUUGGACGCUACAUGGGAAUUCUGGGCAAUUCUGAAAUUGACUACAGUCAGGUUCCUGCCAUCAUGCUGUUGGAGGAUGAAGACAUCAAGCUCCUCCAGAAGGUUGGGGAAAUUCUUGGUAAUGCUGAAGUGAAAAUUUCAUUUGAUGCUGGAAACUCGGGUUCCGCGACAGCUUUGGGUCUGUCCCAUCUUGGCAACUACGGAUACGGGAGCAAGCUUUUGCUCAUCACAGCGUACAUGAUGGAGAGGUCCGCUGUCUGGCCUGUUACCCACGUCAUGGCUCGCGCUCUCGAGGCACAUGCCAGCCAUGUACACCGUAGAGUCGAAGCUUCUGUCUCUUAG